UCAGCUCCCAGCUCGGUGUCUGCCCGGAUUCCUGACAUGGUGUAGGGCCCGGAGGGUGGGGACGGCGGGAGCGGGACGGGACCGGACUCGGGUUUGCUGGCCGUGGCGGGGCCAGAGUGCUGGGGCUUUGAACUCCGGGGGAAGGUGAUCCAGAACUUUUGGAACUAGUGCCGGCGGCGCCCACCCCCAGACACUUCCCUAGAAAGCCAUGUUAGUUCUGAAAUUGAGAGGAGAAAGAUAUCACAGCUGAGCAGCCCAUCGUGAAAUCUUUCAGGGAGCCAUGAUUAUGAUUAUUAAUUUCACCAUGGUCGAACAGAUGCGUUUAAGUAUCAGAUUCAAAGCUGUUAAGUAUUAAAGAACUUUAUGGACCAGUCUGCUAAUAAGUACAAGCAAGAUUUGAAGAGCUGAAGGAGAAAUCGGUGCUAAACCUUCCUUUUUAAUAUCUAGGUUGGAAUUUGCCCUUCACAAAUAACAAAAUGAUGAGUGAUGCAAGUGACAUGUUGGCUGCGGCGCUGGAGCAGAUGGAUGGUAUUAUAGCAGGUUCUAAGGCCCUGGAAUAUUCCAAUGGGAUUUUUGAUUGCCAGUCCCCCACCUCCCCGUUCAUGGGAAGCUUGCGAGCCCUGCACCUGGUGGAAGACCUGCGUGGACUGUUAGAGAUGAUGGAAACAGAUGAGAAGGAAGGCCUGAGAUGUCAGAUCCCAGAUUCAACCGCAGAAACGCUCAUCGAAUGGCUUCAGAGUCAAAUGACAAAUGGACACCUACCCGGGAACGGAGAUGUGUACCAAGAAAGGCUAGCGCGGUUGGAAAAUGAUAAAGAAUCCCUCGUCCUUCAGGUAAGUGUGUUGACAGACCAGGUGGAGGCGCAGGGAGAGAAGAUUCGAGAUUUGGAGUUUUGUCUUGAAGAGCACAGAGAGAAGUUGAACGCCACAGAGGAAAUGCUGCAGCAGGAGCUUCUGAGUAGGACAUCCUUGGAAACUCAGAAGCUGGAUCUGAUGGCCGAGAUAUCUAACUUGAAGUUAAAGCUGACGGCUGUCGAGAAAGACAGAUUGGAUUAUGAAGACAGGUUCAGAGACACAGAGGGGCUGAUGCAGGAGAUCAAUGACUUGAGGUUAAGAAUCAGUGAAAUGGACAGUGAAAGGCUUCAGUAUGAAAAAAAGCUGAAAUCAACCAAAGAUGAACUGGCAUCUUUAAAAGAACAACUGGAAGAGAAAGAAUCUGAAGUGAAAAGGCUACAAGAAAAAUUGUUUUGCAAGAUGAAAGGAGAAGGGAUAGAAAUUUUUGACCGAGAUGAAAAUUUUAAAAAGAAGCUCAAAGACAAAAAUAUUGAAGUACAAAAAAUGAAAAAGGCUGUGGAGUCUUUGAUGGCAGCAAAUGAAGAAAAGGACCGGAAAAUAGAAGAUCUUCGACAAUGCCUGAACAGGUACAAGAAAAUGCAAGAUACGGUGUUACUGGCCCAAGGUAAAAAAGGCCAAGAGGGUGACUAUGAUGACCUGCCCACUUCCGGUUCCAUCUCCACUUUUCUGGAAGCACAGGGUUUUGGGGAACUGGAGAAAGGUCUGUCAUCCACGCCAGUGAUGGGGUCUCCCAGUCGUGACCCACUGAACACAAGUGUUCCGGAAGAGUUCCACACCAGCAUCUUGCAGGUGUCAACCCCUUCAUUAUUACCAGCAUCUAAAGGCUUGGAAACGCCUGAGAAAGCAAAAUUGCCUCCUAAGUCCGAGACUUCAUUUGAGAAUGAUGGAAAAAGAACCCUUGGCGCUGCUGUUGAAACCCAAAUGUCUGACAGUCUUUCAACUUCAAGUCUGCAGAAGUCUAGCAGCCUGGGCAAUCUGAAGAAAGAGUCAUCAGAUGGGGAAAAGGAGUCUAUUCAGAAGCCUCCAGAGGAUAAAGCUCCGGUAGAAAGCAGCCCGUUUGGGACCCUCCCGCCCAAAGCCCCAGGGCACGAUGCCUGCUUGGAUGACAACCCCUUUGGCACCCGAAAAGGCAGAUCUUCCUUUGGUCGUGGCUUCUUUAAAAUAAAAAGUAAUAAGAGGACAGCAAGUGCGCCGAACUUGGAUCGUAAACGAAGUGCCAGUGCACCCACCUUAGCUGAAACAGAAAAGGAGACAGCCGAGCACCUAGACCUGGCUGGUGUAUCUCCUCGGCCAAAAGGUUCACAGGGGAGCAGCCCCUUCCAGAUGUCCCCAUCAUCUCCAGAUUCCAAAAAGAAAUCCCGAGGCAUCAUGAAACUCUUCGGAAAACUUAGGAGAAGUCAGUCAACUACAUUCAACCCAGAUGACAUGUCUGAAACUGAAUUCAAACGAGGAGGGACGAGGGCAACUGCUGGGCCCCGAUUGGGUUGGUCUCGAGAUUUGGGACAAUCUAAUAGUGACUUGGAUAUGCCAUUUGCCAAAUGGACCAAGGAGCAGGUUUGCAAUUGGCUUGUGGAACAGGGCUUGGGGUCCUACCUGAAUUCUGGCAAGCACUGGAUUGCAUCUGGCCAAACACUUUUGCAGGCUUCUCAACAAGAUCUAGAGAAGGAACUUGGAAUCAAGCAUUCACUUCAUCGAAAGAAACUCCAGCUGGCAUUGCAAGCUCUGGGAUCUGAAGAGGAAACCAAUCACGGAAAGCUGGAUUUCAACUGGGUCACUAGAUGGUUGGAUGACAUUGGCCUCCCCCAGUACAAGACCCAGUUUGAUGAAGGCCGGGUAGAUGGUCGAAUGCUCCAUUACAUGACUAUCGAUGACUUGCUGUCUUUGAAGGUCGUGAGUGUGCUGCAUCAUCUCAGCAUCAAAAGGGCCAUCCAGGUCCUGAGGAUCAACAACUUUGAACCCAACUGUCUACGGAGGCGGCCGUCUGAUGAGAAUAGCAUCACCCCGUCAGAGGUGCAGCAGUGGACCAACCACCGGGUGAUGGAGUGGCUGCGUUCUGUGGACUUGGCAGAAUACGCCCCCAAUCUCAGAGGCAGUGGUGUCCAUGGUGGGCUCAUGGUUCUAGAACCCCGGUUUAAUGUAGAAACAAUGGCUCAGCUGCUGAACAUCCCACCGAGUAAGACCCUGUUGAGAAGACAUUUGGCCACUCAUUUCAACCUUCUGAUUGGUGUUGAGGCCCAACACCAGAAGCGUGAUGCCAUGGAGUUACCAGAUUAUGUACUUUUAACAGCCACUGCCAAAGUGAAGCCAAGGAAGCUCACCUUCAGCAAUUUUGGGAAUCUGAGAAAGAAGAAACAGGAAGAUGGGGAAGAAUAUGUUUGUCCAAUGGAAUUGGGACAGGUCUCAGGAAGUGUGUCUAAGAAAGGACCUAAAGCUGGCUUGGAGAUGCGCCUGGAUGAUUUGGACCGGUUAGAGCAGAUGGAGGAUUCCGAAGGGACAGUGAGGCAGAUAGGUGCGUUCUCUGAAGGCAUCAACAACCUCACGCACAUGUUAAAGGAAGAUGACAUGUUUAAAGAUUUCGCUGCCCGGUCCCCCAGCGCCAGCAUUACUGACGAAGACUCAAACGUUUGAUCGUAGCACCUGGAUGGGCAUGAGGAGCCCUUGGUCCCUUUCCACUUUAUUUCUACACUCCCAGUAUAUCCAGCAAGUAGCGGGUUGUAUAUUGUUUAUCAAUCACCUUCUGCUCAUUUAGAAGUGGAAAUGGAAAGCCGGGGAUCUGUGCCUAUUUUAAAGCUGCCGCGGAAAGUGAGACACUGGUGAAUGAGAGUAUAAUUGUUUUUCCUCUAUUUAAUGUAAAAAUCUGUGAUAUAUUAUAUUUAAAGUGUUGCAUUUACCAUGAGAGGACUUUACCAUAGUGUUUCCGGUCAUGUUCACGGUAUGGAGGACUUGGGAGAGCGGGAACUCACAGGUGGCUGAUUCUGUCAGGUCGGUGUAGCCACUGAAGCAGAACACGUGCUUUUAAAAUCAGGAUGUGGAAUCUCUCUAAGAUCCAGCGUGCCCACUAAAUGCCAGCCACACCUCCACUUGCCCCCUAGUGUCCUAUUUUUAUAUAUUUUUCUAAAUAUAUGUAUAUAUUUAGUACACAGAACAUAGAACUUUUAUUUUGUGACAUACCUAAGGAAGAUGGUAAAAAAAAAAAAGAUCACAUUGAAAAAAAUACGGUGAUCAAAUUUUUCACGUGCCAGCUGGUUCUCGGACGGGUCAGGAUAAUCUUUCUUUCUCCACAACCGAAUUUUAAUGAUGUUGAUCACUCGGACUAAAUUAGUGUAUGUGAAAUAACUCUUCUUCGAUGACACAUGACAAAAUUGUUGGUUUUUAAAGAAUUUCGGCCUUUAAUCUUAGAUUCUUUUAAACUCAUAAGAAAGAACUUGAGGGACAUUUGCAUUCUAUUAACUUGAACGCAUUCAGAAGCUGCCCCAAAUUUUGUAGAAAUGAUUUCUGAAGAAACCAAAAUAAAAACCUUUACAGUAUUAAGCUUCUUAUUUUCCUCUUUGCUAAAUAGACCAUUGUCUCAAAAUACCAGCAGCCUGACUAAUGUACAUUUCUCAGACUACCCAUGAAUGGAAGGAAUCCUUUUAAAAAAAGCCGAAUAUCUGUUUGAACAUUUUGUCUCAAUCAGAGUUUAAUAACUCUGAGGCUGGAAAAGAAUGCCUAUCUUGUGCUAAUAAAAUGUAGUUCAUGUUUUUCCAUAGCACAGGGCCCAAAUAUUCUUUAUAAAGAAAAUACAAAGCUGCAGCAAAAACUGUCACUGUGUUUAUUAUUCUUUUUAGGGGUAUCAGAAAUAAUAUUCUAUUUUUUUAUUCAGUACUACAUCAUUACCAUGAUAGCCAACUGUGGUAAAGACUGUUUUUCACAAAUUGGCAUAGGGGUGGGCAGUUCAGUAUACACCGGUGGGCUUACUUACAAACUAUAUUUGAAUAUCAGUGAUACGAUCUUUCAAGUUAUCAGCAACUUUACCAAGCUUUUCGUCAAAGAACCUAUAAUACUACAUUACUGUUUAUUCAUGACUACAAUGAUUUGAUGCUAACAAUAAUCUUUUGCUCCCUACCAUUCAUUAUUUGAUAACUGUAUUGGACUCUUAAUGUACUUGUGUUUUAUUUUCAUGUGGAUAUAUGUCACCAUUUGAAAAACAAAUUUGAUAUUUCAACCUGGUUAAAAAUACCAGGAGACUGUUACAGAGGCCAAAUAUUCUUUAUUCAGGACAUUGUAAUAUAACUGAUUCUAUGUGAUGAGGUUAAAUUUUUUUUGAUAUUUUAUUUACAAAAUAUUAUACACUGCUGGUAUCACCAUAUGAAAAGAAAUAAAGUCAGCUGAUAAUUGCCUCAUA